UAUAGCCUCCUGUCUAACUACACUAUAUAACUCAAAAACCCAUAACGCAUAAACAAAACACAAAUAAAUUAUAUACUUACAUCGCAUACCCCAUCUCUCUUAUUCUUCUUCAAUGGCGUCUUUCUAUCUCUUUCUUCUGUUUUUCUCAUUCUUCCAUUCGAUUUCUUCCAAAAAUUUAAUCUUGCCACUCAAACUUCAAUCACUUCCAUCUGGGUCCCUUCAAAACCCUCCAAACAAGCUCUCUUUCCACCAUAAUGUUUCUCUGACUGUUUCCAUCACCGUUGGAUCGCCGCCGCAGCCAGUCACCGUCGUUCUCGAUACCGGCAGCGAGCUCUCAUGGCUCCGGUGCAAGAAAACUCCGACUUCACCCUUAUGGUACAACCCACUUCGUUCCACCUCCUACACUCCGGUUCCUUGUUCCUCACCUACUUGCAGGACCCGAACCCGAGAUUUCACUCUACCGGUUUCCUGUGACCCGAAAAAGCUCUGCCACGCCAUUGUCUCCUACGCUGAUGCCACUUCAGUCGAAGGUAAUCUCGCUUUUGAAACGUUUCGGUUUACUAAUUCGGAUCUUCCUAAAGUUGUAUUCGGAUGCAUGGACUCCGGUUCGAGCUCUAAUCCAGAUGAAGAUUCGAAAACAACCGGGUUGUUAGGUAUGAACCGGGGUUCUUUAUCGUUCGUUUCACAAAUGGGUUUUCCGAAGUUCUCGUAUUGUAUAUCGAGUCGGGACUCGACCGGAGUUUUACUUUUCGGAGAUGCCAAGAUUUCUUGGCUCCAGCCGUUAAGUUACACGCCGUUAGUCAAUAUGUCAACGCCGUUACCGUAUUUCGACCGGGUUGCUUACACGGUUCAGCUUGAAGGUAUUAAAGUUGCGGGGACCGUUCUAUCGUUACCCAAAUCCGUAUACGUACCUGAUCAUACCGGGGCGGGUCAAACCAUGGUUGAUUCGGGUACACAAUUUACUUUCCUUCUUGGACCGGUUUACACCGCUUUGAAAAACGAGUUCUUGAAACAAACCAAAGCGGUUUUACGGGUUUAUGAGGAUCCGGAUUACGUUUUCCAAGGUGCAAUGGAUCUUUGUUACCGUAUUGAGAGGACACGGGUCGGGUUACCCGUGUUGCCUAGUGUUACCAUGAUGUUUCGGGGCGCUGAAAUGAGUAUAUCGGGUGAGAGGUUAUUGGUUCAAGUACCCGGUUUGGUUAAAGGGAAUGAUCAAAUUCAUUGCUUUACGUUUGGGAAUUCGGACCUUCUUGGGAUUGAAGCCUAUGUGAUCGGACAUCACCAUCAACAAAACAUGUGGAUGGAAUUUGAUAUUGCAAAUUCUCGGGUCGGGUUGGCUGAAGUUAGGUGUGACUUAGCAAGUCAAAAACUUGGAAUAGGAUUUUAAAGUAAUGGGUCAAGUUCAAGUGGGGUCGACUCGGAUUAAAUAUUUGACCCUUUUGACCAUUGGUUCAAAUUUGGUCAAGGUUUAACUCAUGGGUCGGGUCUAAUUGGGUUUGGUGAAAUACUUGACUUUUUAAAACGGAUCAAGAUGGGUCGGGUCAAUUGAAGUUUAAGGACUGGUUUGUAUAGGAUAGAUACAAGUUCUUAUAAGUAUCUUGAAUCGUUUAGUGUUUUAUAAUGUUUUGCAAGGUGUGAAUUUUAACAAAAUGGACAUAUGAGGUUUAAAAAUAACAUGUUUGGUAGGGUUUAAACAAAA